AUGCUACGCUUUUGGUCCCGCGCCCCCCAGGCGCAGUCGACCUGUGGAUGCGUCUCUUGCCUGAGCACCAGCUCUGGGGGAUUGGCAUCUCGGACAGCAUCGGCCGCCAGCAAACGUCGUCUGCGGAUCGGAAACUCGGUUACAGCGUUGUACACCAGCAUCUUUGCCGCUGCCGCUUUGGCGGAUGCUCAAGCCAAGGACCAACGCCGUCUGGAAUGGAAGGAAAAAAUAGCGGCGGUGAAGGAGGAGGUCAACGAGCUGGUGGAUGAGGAACGGCGACUACUAGAAGCUCUCGCAUCACGGCAAAAACCCAGGCUCUUCAACGCGACGUUUCACGCACGGCAGCAUCGUCCCUUUCAGAUGACCUCCGAGAUAUUCUCAAGACGCCCAGGGCAACUCUCGCUUCGCUCCUAUCACUCUCAGACGGUCACGAAAAACUCAAAAGAGAAGCACAAUAAAGAAUCGGAAGUGGAUGCUGGCCUCAGUCCGGAGUUACUCAGGGAAAACUCGAAAUUGUUCUCGGAAUUGUCAUCUGAAGGAUCCUGGAAUGUCAUUAUCCCACGCGAGUCCUUAAAUAGGCAUCUUGACGACGAUACCCCAGAUGAUGUAUAUGUGACCCCAGACGCGGUUCACGAUGCGGAUACAUUCAGAGACCCUUUACUUUCAAGAUUGGCGCAAGACGAACGAGGGUUUGCUUUUGAGAAGAAUACGAUACCAUUGUGGCUUGUAAAGGAUAAAGCCCGCAUGAAGGCCAUACGUGUUGUCGCUUUGAAACAGCUAGCAAUCCGGUUCCUGUUGCGCCCUACAAUCGCCCACGACUAUCUGGGUCUUCGAGCUCAGUACGAAACUGAUCCAUCACAGCCUCGACUGCGCACCCAACAACUUCUCUACGAACUGAAUAAACUUAGGCGCAAGAUGAUGAAACUUAAGACGAGAAAACAAGUCGACCCCGAAGAUAUUGUCCCGGGCUGCAAUGUCGAGGCUGACAAGUAUCGAUCAUUUGAGGUGGACCGACAAAUUCGAACCGAUGUUGAGGACUAUUUGUGCGGGGAUGCAUCCCUUGAUGAGCUUCUUAUCAAGCUGGCGCACAGUCUAGCCAACUCUCCUGAUCCAGAUCGAGUAGUGGGACUGAAGUAUAUGCUCUUGGCAUUCACCAGGACUCGCCAAACUGACUUGGCCGAACUGGUUCUGAAGGCAAUAUUGCCUAACAUGUUCCCACUAAACUCUUCUUUGAUUCUCGCCAUACUCACUCACAACUACAGAACCAAGAACCUGAGAGGUUGGGAUACGUUCCUGGACAUGCUCAGUGGAAAGAACUUCCCGGUCGAUAUAGGAAAACUGGGUUUCUUUAAACCAAAAAGGGUCAAUAAUAUUGAUAUUACAAUUCCCCCGUCAAGUUCUGCCAAUGCUGUUGUUUAUUCCACACUGAUCCUCGGAUGCCUAAACUUUGGGCAGCCUGACCGAGCCAAUGCGUAUCUUUCAUAUGCCAGAUCUAUCGGGUAUAUGGACAGUUUCCCCACUCUAAAUGCCUACCUCAAGUAUUAUGGCAACCAGAGGGAUUGGCGAGCUUGCCUACAGAUCAUGAAAAGAGCAUUGGCUUUCAUGGCAUCUUCCACCGAACACCCGGAAGUUGAACUCGAGCGUCUCAUCACGCUCAUGGUGCGCGCCUGCGAUAACUGCAAUGCACAUGACUUGUCCGAGGCUCUUAUCGUUACUGCCGUGAACAGUGGAUUUGCCUGGGAGUCUGCCAUGAAGCAAAUAGACUUGAUCUUUCCCGCUGACCUCGAUUAUAAACGAUGGGAAACAGCAAGGGACAGCUCAUCAUCAGAUAUGUCGCAAAAGCCUAUCUGGGAAAAAUGUUACGCCUUCGUCAACGCUGCUUCUGACAAGCUGAACGAUCUCGGCCCUGAUGCCGAACCUGCACGUCGGUGGAUGAAGCUGAUGGAUACCUAUUCUCAGCAAGUGCUCUCAAGUAUGGUCUCUGGUGCCCCGACAGAGUUCAAACAGGCAGGUAAUUUGAUUGCUCAGCUAGAGAACCUACAAAUCUCACAAUCACCUAAUGUGGAUGACCAAACAUCAUCUUAUUCUAAUGACAUCGCGGAGGCGCACCAACGGGAGAUCUCUAGCCUCAAAGAUGAAGUCUCUCAGUUGAAACAAAUGGUCUUCGAACUGACCCAAACCACAUCCAACACCCCAACGGCUGCACCUGAACAAGUCUCCCCUCCAACUGAUAUGGGAGAGCUGAAGGCCCAGCUCUCGACAACAGAACUCGACCCCACCGAACCGCCAGCCCACAUGGCUGUCAAUCGAAAAUCAUCUGGGCAAUCAUAUCGAAAAUCAUUUGGGAAACCAUAUCGAAGCCCAUCUCGGAACCCAAAUCGAAAGCCAUAUCGGAACCCAUAUUGGAACCCAUAG